AUGAUGAUGAUUAUGAUAUCCUCCUCCCAAUUCCUUCUAUUUUUGGUGGUAGCCCUGAUGGUAUUCGGCAUGCCUGCUAGUGCCUUUCAAGUCUUUGCGGGUGGUCCUCUUGCCAAAAGUCCAUUUUCGCAAGGCCAGAAGCAUGGAGAACAGCAACAUUAUGAGACUUUGCAAAAGACUUUGGGCAUUCCAAAUGGUUUGAUGAAUACCUUGUUGCAGCAAAAUGAUGACUUUUCCAGGCGAAUUUGGCUCGUAGAUAACAGUGGAUCCAUGCGACAAGAAGAUGGCCACAAACUUGCCAAGAAGCCCAAGGCCAGUGCCAGCAACCAUAAGGAAGAUGAAAACUGGCUGGCUACUAACGAUGAUGUCUCUCGUUGGAGUGAACUUCAAGAAACGGUGUUGUUGCAUGCUCAAUUAUCCGCAGCUCUUCACCAACCAACUGAAUUCCGUCUCUUGAAUAUUCCUAAUGCAGAAAGUGGCGACAAGAAGGAGCACAAGCGAAGACUAUCUUUUACGAAAUCUUCCUCAGCGUCCACCGGCACCAUUGUGCCAUCUUCCUUUCGAGUUGGAUACGAUACUUCCAUGAAGGAUGGAUUCAAGGAAGCCCAAUCCAUCUUGUCCAAAACUAAGCCUUCCGGCCAAACUCCGCUCUUGCAAUCACUGGCAACCAUUCGUGAAGAAAUUGUCUCAGAUCUCUUGCCCCAACUCAAGGCGGACGGCACCAAAGUUGCUAUUGUGAUUGUAACGGAUGGUGCUGGAAAUCACAAUAUGGAUAACCUUGGACAAGAUGAAGCCAGUUUGCAUCAAGAGUUCAUGGACUCCAUCCGAGAACUCCUCGAAGGAUUGCCCGUGACUGUCGUUUUGCGGCUGUGCACGGACUAUGGUCCUAUUGUCGAUUUGUACAACCAACUCGAUGCCGAAUUGGAUGGCCUGGACGUCUUGGAUGACUAUCAUGCCGAGGCUUCCGAGGUCGCCCAACACAAUCCCUGGCUCAACUAUGCUUUGAUCUUGCAUCGCAUGCGGGAAAUGGGACAGUCGUCUCAAUUGUUUGAUCUGUUGGACGAACGAACCUUGAGUCGUGAUGAACUUGCUCAGUUCUGUCAGCUGAUCUUUGGCACACCAGAAGAACGAGGGGAAGGAGACAGACCUCUGCCGGAUCCCAACACGGAUUGGAUCGGUUUCCUCAACCGCAUUCAAACCUGGCAAAAGGAUGAAAAGCUCCAAUUCAAUCCUCUCACCAAAAAGAUGGCCCCUUGGGUGGAUGUUGACUUUUUGUCGCUGUUUUCCUUUGUUCCUAGAAACUGA